GGAGGCAGCCGCACUGUAGAAAUAACACGGAGCGCGCGUGUGCCGUGAAACAGUGAGGAAAUGUGACAUGAAGUGAAAUAAUUAUAGUGACAGUGUUAGUAUUGUGAUUUUCGUUAUUACUUACGUAAUAAUAACUAACCCAAGUGGUAGUUUGUGGAGAGGACAAUGAAUUCAAAGGACCAAAGAUGAAUGACGGCAAUAGGAGAGCUCUUACUGGCUCCAUACACAAAAUAAGAGAAUUUGAAUUAGAAAAAGUUUCCCUCGUUGAAGAGUUUGAUAUAUUGCAAAUAGUCGGGGAAGGAUGGUUCGGAAAAAUUUUGCUCGUGGAACAUAGAGCUUCAGACACUGAGAUUGUCUUGAAGGCUCUACCAAAACCCUACGUGUCCAUACGAGAUUUCUACCGGGAGUUUCACUACAGUCUACAUUUGAGUGCUCAUAAGAAUAUCGUAACUACGUUCGAUGUCGCUUUCGAAACUGCCGGGUUUUACGUAUUCUGCCAAGAGUACGCACCGUUAGGUGAUCUGACAUCAAACAUGUUUGAUACUGGUAUCGGUGAAAUCCACACCAAACGGGUAACAAAGCAGCUAGCAGCGGCAUUGGAACAUCUCCACCAAAGGGACCUAGUGCAUCGAGAUGUGAAAUUAGAUAAUAUUUUAAUAUUUAAAACAGACUUUUCUAGAAUUAAGCUAUGUGAUUUCGGCGAGACAAGGAAAGUAAACUCUGUGGUGAGAAGACGGAACGAAUGGUUGCCGUACUCCCCGCCGGAGGUGCUACGGCUGUCGAUGGAUAGUUCUUAUAAAGCCUUGGUCAGCCACGAUAUAUGGCAGUUUGGAGUAGUUAUUUUUAUAUGUUUGACGGGCUGUUUGCCGUGGCAGAAAGCGUCGUUUGAUGAUCCUAGAUAUUUAAGUUAUUAUAAUUGGUAUAAUAGUUCGAAUCCAUUGAAGAAACAACCGAAGUUAUGGAAAAUGGUGUCUUCUAAAGCUCAAAAGAUGUUCAAGAGAUUGGUUGAACCGCGAGUGGAAAAGAGAGCAGCUAAUUUUAACGACCUACAACGUUAUAUGGAUGAUAGAUGGAUGGCUAAAGGCUACACGGAUAGAGUUCCUGGAGGUGAUAUAGAUGAGCUCUGUCCGUCCAUGUACAGUUUCCACAGUGAUCCCAACGAGAAGAAUAUUCUACUGAAACACUUCCUCGACAGCGGCAUUGAGACUACCGUGGACAGAAGAGCUAAGAAGCAGAGGAUACGAGAGUGGAUACAGAAUAGCGUGAUUGAGGAAGCUGAUGAAGAGGAAGAAAGCAAUGAACCGAGCACAUACGAAGACAGUGAUGUCGAGCUAGAAGACAGAUCGAGACCACAUCCCCUAGACGAAAGUCACAGAGUAACACUACGGUAUGACACAGAGAAACACAUAAACCCAAGAACAGGGGAAGUAAUCGAAGGCGUUAAAAGACAGGACAAGAAUCAACUCUCGUACGACGUCCAAAAUAUAGAACCGGUAGCACCAGCGAACGUCACAAGAAGAUACGGUAUGAAAGAAGAAUCUACACCGAGCUCAACUAAAGACAGCGCGUACGGCUCCAUAGAAGCAGCUAACAAUGGUGCUUACAAUCAGGAAAAAGCAACAAAUUCACGCGUAGAUAGAAGAGGAUCACAGAACUCUCCCAGUAGAUCUUUGAGCUCCGUAUCCCUUCAGAACAAAGUACCUUUAUCAGCCCCAGUACAAAGAUUCCAAAAGAGCGAAGAAGUAUAUUCACAGGAGCUUGAAAGCAUACAAGGCAGCGCAUCUACCGUGCAGUCGAUAGUCAACUCAUCUAGAUCAAAUAGUAUACAAAGGAAAGGCUCAUUCGAAUAUUCUAAUUCCGUAAACAAUGAUGAAGAUAACGGUAUGAACCGAUCUAAUACAGUAAAUUCUGCUAACCAAAACGGAUACUACACUGAACAGUCACAAAAUCAGCCGUAUGUGUCAAUGAAAAAUUCAGUUUACGAAACGGUCCGCAAUGACAACCAAGCCAAAUCAGAGAAAACCCACGAAGUCCCAGAAAGCCCUUACACCUCAAUGCUAAAUAUAGUGCAAGGACAAAUAAAAAUAAGCCCCCACGCUAGCGAUGUUAAUAAGAAUGUUGUUAAUGUUUCAGUUACACAAGUUAAUCGAAAUAAAAAUUAAGUUUUU